AUGCCGAAGAAUAAGAAGCGGAAUCCUCCCCACCGCGGUGGUAGUGGUGGCGGCGGCAGCUCAGGGGCAGCUGCAGCGACGGCGGCGACAGCAGGUGGCCAGCAUCGAAAUGUUCAACCUUUUAGUGAUGAGGAUGCAUCGAUUGAAACAAUGAGCCAUUGCAGUGGUUACAGCGAUCCUUCCAGUUUUACUGAAGAUGGACCAGAAAUCCUUGAUGAGGAAGGAACUCAAGAAGACUUAGAGUACAAAUUGAAGGGAUUAAUUGACCUAACCCUGGAUAAGAGUGCGAAGACAAGGCAGGCAGCUCUUGAAGGUAUUAAAAGUGCACUGGCUUCAAAAAUGCUUUAUGAAUUUAUUCUGGAAAGAAGAAUGACUUUAACUGAUAGCAUUGAGCGCUGCCUGAAAAAAGGGAAAAGUGAUGAGCAACGUGCAGCUGCGGCAUUAGCAUCUGUUCUUUGUAUUCAGUUGGGCCCUGGAAUUGAAAGUGAAGAGAUUUUAAAAACUCUUGGACCAAUCCUAAAGAAAAUAAUUUGUGAUGGGACAGCUAGUAUCCAGGCUAGGCAAACUUGUGCAACUUGCUUUGGGGUUUGCUGUUUUAUUGCCACAGAUGAUAUUACUGAGCUGUAUUCAACUCUGGAAUGUUUGGAAAAUAUCUUCACCAAGUCUUAUCUCAAGGAGAAAGACACCAAUGUUAUUUGCAGCACCCCUAAUAUAUUGCUUCAUAUCAGCUCACUUCUCGCAUGGACGUUAUUACUGACCAUAUGCCCAAUCAGUGAAGUGAAGAAAAAGCUUGAGAUGCAUUUCCAUAAACUUCCAAGCCUCCUUUCUUGUGAUGAUGUAAACAUGAGAAUAGCUGCUGGUGAAUCUUUGGCACUUCUGUUUGAAUUGGCCAGAGGAAUGGAGAGUGACUUUUUUUAUGAAGACAUGGAAUCUUUGACUCAGAUGCUUAGGGCUUUGGCUACAGAUGGAAAUAAACACCGGGCCAAAGUGGACAAGAGAAAGCAGCGUUCAGUUUUCAGAGAUGUCCUGAGGGCGGUGGAGGAACGGGAUUUCCCAACAGAAACUGUUAAAUUUGGUCCUGAACGAAUGUAUAUUGAUUGUUGGGUCAAAAAACACACCUAUGACACCUUUAAGGAGGUUCUUGGAUCAGGGAUGCAGUACCACUUGCAGUCAAAUGAAUUCCUUCGCAAUGUAUUUGAACUGGGACCCCCGGUGAUGCUUGAUGCUGCAAUGCUUAAAACGAUGAAGAUUUCUCGUUUUGAAAGGCAUUUAUAUAACUCUGCAGCCUUCAAAGCUCGAACAAAAGCUCGAAGCAAAUGUAGAGAUAAGAGAGCAGAUGUUGGAGAAUUCUUCUAGAUUUUCAGAACUUGAAGACUAUUUUCUAAUUUCUUUUUCUUUUUUUUUUUUCUCUCUCUCUUUUUUUGGCUACUUCUAAUGUAUUUAAACUCUAGAAACAGUUUUUAUCUUUUAUCAACUUAGAUAACUUGUAGAAGGAGUUAUAUUACUUACAAUUUAAUGUACAGUAUUGCAAAUGGUGAGUUCUGAUUAUUGAUUGUCUGUAAAUAUAAUUCAGUAAACAUGAAGAAAGUAUUUGUAAUGUUUGGUCAUAUUCUAUUUAUGAAGAGAGCAAAAAUAUGGUAUUGAUUUCAUAAUGAGAAAAAUUAUUAGCUGAGGUUUAAUUUCUUAUACUGUGGUUGUCAAAAAUACUGAUUGAUUAUAAUGAUAUAUACUCAUAAGGUAUUUAACUUAAUAUCUUAGACAAGAGUUCUGGAUACAAUUUUUGGGAGCUAGUUCCUCUGGAAAAGCUUCUAUAUUUUUAAUUUUAAAUGGAAUGUGGCUUUUAAAAUUUUGUCACUGGGAUCAAAAAAGGAAUUACACCAUGAGACCAUACAACCACACUUAAAGGCAAUUCACUUCAGCUACUGGGAGUUUAUGAUGAGUUAGCAUAUGCUAGAAAGGUUGCUAACCUUAACUUCUGAGAGCAGGAACAUGGAUUCUGUCUGCUGUAUGAGACUGUGCUUUUUACUUUGAAAUAAAGAUCUUUUCACACUGAAA